AUGAGUGUUAUAUUACUUGCAAUUGUUGAAGAUAUGCCAAAAUUUAGCAUGUCAAGCUCUCGAAAAGGACGUGGCUCAUUUUCUGGUAUUCCAUUAAUUGGUUUAUAUUAUUUUAUUUUAUUGGCAAUAAUUGGUUCAUCCACGGUUACAACAUCAAUGUUUGUUUUUCUGGAAAAAGAUUUAAGAUGUAGCAAUCAUAUCCCGUGUUCUGCUCCUUCCAAUGAUAUCGAUAAACGGCUUAUUGUCCGUAAUGAUUCAACAACGGUUUCCUCAUCAGCUAUUCUCAGAGGACGAUUCGCAAUUACACCCAAUUUGAUGGCAGAUUAUAAUAAUAUUGAACAUGUAUGCAAUCAGCCAUGGGAAUAUUUGAUUGAUACGAUAAGAAAUAUCGAAACAUCCGUUAAUGCAAUACGUGCAGAAAUGAUGAAUCUUAUGCCACAAGACAAUCUACAAAGUAGAUGGCAACGAGUAAUUCGACGUCUCGAAAUCAUUUCACUAUCAUUUUAUGUUUUAUUAAUUGCUGUAACUGUGUUCCUUUUCUUUUAUCAUGAUUGGUAUUGCGCGAUUGGACAUAGCCCAUGCGGUCAAGCUAAUCUUAAAUGUCCAUGGAUGAAAACUACCCCAACACAUCAGACGUGUUUUUGA